UGAAAGUUAUUCAAGUCGGUUUUCAAUGUCACGGAUAUAAUCUGCAGUGUUUUGAUUUUCCACUGUUUGUUUAACAAAUUAAAAAAAUUGGAUACGCUGACUGAAUAUUACGAAGACCGUUGGCUAUUGACGAUAUUUCUGAAUUCCGAAUCAGACUUAUAUGAAUUCCAACGGGACAUCAGACCUAGAUACCACCGAUAUGACCUUACAAAUGAAGAAAAUAUUGUUACUGGCUUGUGGAUCAUUCAAUCCGCCAACUCCAAUGCAUCUUCGGAUAUUCGAAAUUGCACGGGAUCACUUCCAUGAACGGGGCACACAUCAAGUAAUUGGAGGCAUCAUAUCGCCGGCCAACGAUUCUUAUAGUAAACCCGGACUGAUUUCAUCAACGCAUCGAUGUGCAAUGAUUAAAGGUGUUCUACAAACGUCUGACUGGAUUCGAUUGUCGGAUUGGGAAUGCAAACAGGAGAAUUGGACCCGAACGAGGAUAUCAUUGCAAUACCAUCAGAACUACGCCAAUUCCUACAUAAACGACAUAAAUGGCACUGUUAACGAGAUCGUUCCCGGCUGGCUGCCGGACACCAUUAAAGACAUGACCGGCAAUGUUCAGGUGAAACUACUUUGCGGUGCGGAUUUGCUGGAAUCGUUUGCCGUACCAGGACUGUGGGCACAAGAAGAUAUUGAAGCUAUUUUGGGACAGCACGGUCUUGUUGUCAUUUCGCGAAGCGGAAGCAAUCCAGAGAAAUUCAUAUUUGAUUCGGAUCUUUUAACCAAAUACAAGAACAACAUUACGAUAGUCACAAAUUGGGUUCCAAACGAAGUGAGUUCGACGCUGGCCCGACGACUCAUAUCCCGACAUUUCUCCGUCAAAUAUUUGCUGGACGAUUUUGUGAUCGACUACAUCAAACGAUUCGAAUUGUAUGGUGCCGCCAAUCAAACUAAGUACAUUCUAACCCCAAAUCAAAAUGAAUUAAUUCUCUCCACAAAUCAAUAUCUGAAUGACGCCUAUCAAAAUAAGAUCAACGUAACCAAUUACCGUUACGAUGACAUGGAUGAAACCGAUCAUAAAGCUAAGAAAUCUUCUCAAUCCGUCAAUAGUAAUAGAUCUGACAAAAUAAUCGAGAGACCAAAAAUUUUUUGCUGUGGCAGUGACACGUUGACCAAUGUUAAGACACUACUCAAUCGUCCCGGACAGGCUGUUCAGAUCGUAACGGAUACAGUUGGCGCACAUACCAUCGAACACGAAGACGAGGUUCAAGUAAAGAAACAAAAGACCUCUGCAUGACCCGUGUAAAGCAACCGAACAUUUUCCACAAUUGUUUGCUGAGAGCUUAUGUUAUCUACUUCAAAUUGGUGUUUUAUUUUUUGUUAAUUUUAUUUUUUCUUUGCAAUAAUAUCGUGGAUUUACUUAAUUAUUGCGUUUUAAAAUUUUCACGUUAAGUUUAUUUAGCAUCCAAUUUAUUAUUAUUAUUGAAUAUAUUGUUCAUUUAAACUUAUAUGAGUUGAAUGUUACCAUUUAUAUAUAUAUAUAUAUAUAUAUAGUGACUUAAGACGUUUUUUUUUCGAAUUGUUAAGAAUUAUUUUGUUACCGUUCAGUGCUGCUAAAAUGUUCUUAAUUCGACGAUCAAUUUAGUUAGAUGACAAAUUGUUUCGAAAAAUAAAUUUUAACAAAAUAAACUAGCACAUCAGUCGGAUCCCAACAUCCUUUGGAACAUACUAAAAAAUUCUU